GCAGCCGCCGCCGCCGCCGCCGCGUCCUCUCAGCCUUGCGCUCCGCCCGCUGCUUCUGCCGCCGCAGCCCAGCCCGGGAGCGCAGAGCCGGGGGCACCGGCCCCACAGCCUGCCCACUCUUCGGGCCGCGUGCCGGCUACAGCGGCAUGGGGGGCUGCUGAGAGCCGGCACUCCUUCCCUCUGGCACCUCCCCCGGCUACUGGCCACUGGACUCUGGCCAGCGAGGCUCGGCACCUCUGGCCCCUAGUCCGGCGCCUGGCACGGCCCUCUACUCUGCUCCUCCAGCUCUGAGCAUCGUGUCCCCGCGCCCCCCCCCGCCCGCGCCAGGGACACCUGGGUCCCCCGGCGGCCCCUAGGAGAGGGGCGGGGGGGGGCAUGAAGCCGCUGGAGAAAUUUCUGAAGAAGCAGACGUCGCAGCUGGCUGGCCGAACGGUGGCGGGAGGUCCCGGCGGGGGUCCGGGGAGCUGCGGCGGGCCUGGAGGGGGUGGGGGACCUGGCGGGGGCGGCGGUCCAGCCGGGGGACCGCGGUCCCUGCAGCGGCGUCAGAGCGUGUCUCGCCUGCUGCUCCCCGCUUUCCUCCGGGAGCCCCCCGCCGAGCCGGGGCUGGAGCCGCCCCCUGAGGAGGAAGGGGGAGAGCCGGCGGGGGUCGCGGAGGAGCUGGGCAGCGGGGGGCCCUGCUGGCUGCAGCUGGAGGAGGUGCCGGGGCCGGGACCGCUCGGGGGAGGGGGGCCCCUGCGCUCCCCUUCCUCCUACUCCUCUGACGAGCUGUCCCCGGGUGAGCCCUUGACUUCGCCACCCUGGGCCCCGCUGGGCGCCCCCGAGCGGCCGGAGCAUCUUCUGAACCGGGUUCUGGAGCGACUGGCCGGAGGGGCCACCAGGGACAGCGCCGCCUCAGAUAUCCUGCUGGAUGACAUUGUCCUUACGCAUUCUCUCUUCCUCCCGACGGAGAAAUUUCUGCAGGAGCUACACCAGUACUUUGUUCGUGCAGGAGGCAUGGAGGGUCCUGAGGGGCUGGGCCAGAAGCAGGCCUGUCUAGCCAUGCUUCUCCAUUUCUUGGACACCUACCAGGGACUGCUUCAAGAGGAAGAGGGAGCCGGCCACAUCAUCAAGGAUCUAUACCUGCUAAUUAUGAAGGACGAGUCCCUUUACCAGGGCCUCCGAGAGGACACUCUGAGGCUGCACCAGCUGGUGGAGACAGUGGAACUAAAAGAGAUCUUUCAUGCUCCUAUUCCAAAGGCAUCCCUGCUCCCCAUGCUUCUAAGAGAAAGUGAAACAUCCCAGCAUUCAACACCCUUCCCUUUCUGCCUUCUGCUGUUUCUUCCCGUCUUAUCUCCCACAUCCCGUUCUGACACCGCAACUCCUGCACUCUCCAACUUCCCACAGUCAGUUAUAUUGUCCACCCCAGAAUGCCCUUCUCCUACCCCCUUCUCUUUUUGUUCUUUUUUUUGAGACAGAGUGUCGCCCUGUCACCCAGGGUGUAGUAUAGUGGCACAAU